AUGGAGACUUUCGUCAUAGUUUGGAUUGCAGUGUGUUCUACGAUUUCGGUUCUGAUUGUGAUCGUCGCUGUCCUGAAUGCCAUCUUUGCGAUCCGUAUGAGGGGAAGAAUUUUAGGGGACGGGAAUUUCGGUGGAGGAGACGGAGGAGCGACUAAGCACGAUGCGCUUAGCAGUCAUUUAGGAGUACUUGAUGGUGGCGCUUCUCUGGAGUGUGGAGGAGAUAUGAUUGGUGUUGUCGAUUUCGGCGGCGGCAGUUUGAUCAGUGGGGCUGACGGAGGAGUUAUAGGCUGCGGCGACACUGGUGGCGGCAGUGGGGGAGGUGGUGGUUCUAGCGGUGAUGGAGGCGGUGGCUGCGGCUCUUAG